AUGUCUCGUGCCAAGGAGCGGCUGAAAGGCGGGAAUGAGACCAAGGACAGCGUCACUCUACUGCCGUGCUUUUAUUUUGUAGAGCUCCCUAUCCUGGCCUCCUCUGUCGUCAGUCUUUACUUCCUGGAGCUGACUGAUAUUUUCCAGCCGGUGCAUUCUGGGUACAGUUGUAAUGACCGCAGUCUGUCUCUGCCCUACAUCCUGCCCAGACAGGAAGUCUGCCCAUUGCCUCUGCUCUUCAGCUUGGCGUUCGCCGUGCCCACCGCCACCAUUCUGAUAGGAGAGGCCAUUCUGUACUGCUAUCUAUCCAGGAGGUCAUCAGCCACACAGACGGAGGCCAACAUCAACGCUGCAGGCUGUAAUUUCAACUCCUACAUUCGCAGGGCUGUACGCUUCAUAGGCGUCCAUAUCUUUGGCCUGUGUGUGACAGCACUGAUAACCGAUAUUCUCCAGCUGUCUACUGGCCAACACACCCCCUAUUGGUUGGAUGUGUGUAAACCCAACUUGACCCACAUCAACAUGUCCACUUGUGAUGAAGCUUUUAUUCUGGAGGAUAUCUGCUCUGGGCAAGACACCGGGCUCAUCAAUGCUGGGAGGAAGUCUUUCCCUUCCCAGCAUGCAACUCUGGCUGCCUUUGCUGCUGUCUACAUCUCAAUGUACUUUAACACGGUGCUGACCGACUCGGCCAAGCUGCUGAAGCCCCUCCUGGUGUUCUCUUUCGUCAUGCUGGCCAUCCUGGCCGGCUUAACCAGGAUCAUCCAGUUCAGAAACCAUCCCGUUGACGUCUACUGCGGAUGGUUACUGGGAGCUGCCAUUGCCGUUUAUCUGGGUGUGUAUGCAGUGGGGAAUUUCCAGCCCAGUGAGGAUCGGUCCAGAAGUCGACCACCUCCCCCCACCCUGAGAGAGCCCCCUCUCUCUUCCCUACCCAAUGUCAGCCAAUCAGCAAUUAGCAACAGCCACCAAGGUCACCACACCCUGGCUCCUAGCCAACCAGAGCCCAUCAUCACAAGGACCUCUUCCCACACCUUGUCGCCCAACCGACCAGAACCCAUCCUGAUGCGAAGCGCCUCCUACCGGGAGCCUUCUCUGUCCAAUCUGAAGAGAGCUAGUGCUGAGGUGGAGGUGAUAUCUCCAUCCAGUCCUCUGGGCAACAAUGACAACAUGAUGACCUUCAGCAGCAGCACACUGCCAAGGUCCCACGGAGGCUCCUCACUGGAUGAGGGCCGCGUUCCUCGGCGUCACGCCUCCAUCCACGCCUCAAUGGACUCAACUCGAUCCAAACAGCUGCUCAGCCAAUGGAAGAAUAAGAAUGACAACAGGAAACUGUCCCUGCAGGUGAUGGAUGGAAUAAGACCCGCCUCCUCCUCAUCUCCUCAGAGGAACAUGGAGCUGCGCUGCUCCUCUGAACCUUCUGCCAUGGGCCUGGAGGCAGAGCUCCGUGGGGGACAACACCUACCUUCAGUCACUGGUCAGGAAACAGAGCUUCGUGCUGGGGCCCAUAUCCCAGCUCAAUACAUGAAACUAGCAGCAAGCUCGGUUCCUAUGGCCAAUCACAACCACCUGGUCCUCAAUGGCAACACAGGAUUGGCCGGUGGGGCCAGAGUGUCUAUCCAAUCCCGGCCCGGUUCGUCCCAGUUGGUUCACAUUCCUGAGGAGGAAAACCUCACCUGCAGGGAUCAGGAGAGUGAGUCAGAAGAUAGCAUUAUGGACGGGGGCGGGUCAGUGAGGGAGAAGUGGCUUAGAGUGGCUGAGAAGACCACCAUCCCCUGCAGGCCGCUCAGUGCUGGAGGACAGCCUCGUCUUAUGCAGGUGAUAGCCUUGUCCAAACAGCAGGGUCUGCUUCACUCGCCUCGGUCGGAGGAUGGUGGCAGCACUGUCAGCUGCACUGGAUCCAUUCGAUACCGAGCCCUGACGGACCAGGAUCCAUCACCACCGGCCUCCACCACUGGAGCCAUGGGAGGAGGAGGUUUGGAAAGAAGUGGCAGUAUAGUGCGCGUUGAAGCCCACCCGGAGUCCAGAUCACACAAACCUGUGGUGAAACCUCCGAGCACAGACGGAAGCGGCUCCUGGAGAUGGAAACCACCAGAACAACGAGCUUCACUUCGACAGUCAGCCUUCACCCUCAACGACCUGAACAGACACACAGACAGCUGUGAUUCGCUGAGGGAUGGAGGAUCAGUGGAUGGGCGGAGGAGUGUGACAGGGACCGAAUCAGAGAGCGAAGGGGGAGGAGAUGGAGUGGGAGGAGGAAUGGGAGGGGGAGGAGGUGUGUACACAAACCAUCCACAUGUUGUACACCCUUUACAUCCCUUACAUCCCAACAACCCCAACAACUUCCAGCACCCCAAUUUUAACCCCAACCAUCCCAAUAAUCCACAAUUUAACAACUUCAACCCCAACUCUGCUAACUCCAACGCACCAUUCACCCCCACUGUCACCUUUGCUCCUCCCUUCCACCCACACCCUCAAGCCAUAACCACCAUCAGGGUCACCCCAGUGGAGGGAACGGCAGCCAGCAGCGACGGCGGCUCAGACUCCCAGUCGGCUGCUUCGUCCAGCCGUGAGUCAACCCUGAGGAGGAAGAGUGGCUCCCACAUUGUCCACGUCCCAGAAAGAGGGCCCACCCCCGACCUUGACCACAACCACCGCGUCUGUGACGACGGUAACCGCCUGGACAACGAAAGCAGCAACCGUUUCCAUGAAAACCUUCGAAAUUUUCAAGAAAACCCCAUCCACCCCAUCCACCCCAUCCACCCCAACCACCCCAGCCACCCCAGCAGGCAGUUGCAGGGGAUGUAUGGCCGCCCCAGCCCAACCCCUCCGCCUACCUUACCCCGCCCCAUCCUGACUCACACUCCGCCUCCUACUCUGGGCUUGGCCUAUAAAGAAUGA